AUGAAUAUAGUUAAUAAUAUAACACUUGAAGCAUGUACUGAAAGUUUUUAAUCUUCUUUGUUAUGUCAAUAAAAAGGUGCUUCUAGAAUAGAACUUUGUGAAAAUUUAUUACAUGGAGGAACUACUCCUUCAUACGGUACUAUUAAAGCAUGUUUAAACCUAUUAAAUAUUCCAAUAAGCGUAAUGGUAAGGCCACGUGGUGGAAAUUUUACUUACACCAAAGAAGAAAUAGAAAUAAUGAAAAGUGACAUAGAAAUAUGUAAGAAAUUAAAUGCUUAUGGCGUUGUUUUUGGUGUUUUAAAUUAAGAUUAAAAAUCAAUUGAUUUAAAUACUACAUAAGAGUUAGUUUAAUGUGCAAAACCAUUAAAAAUUACUUUUCAUAUGGCUUUUGAUGAAAUAGAUGAUAUUUUUUAAGGUUUAGAAUAGCUUGUUAAUUUAUAAAUCGAUAGAAUAUUAACUAAAGGAGGUAAAUUUUCGAAUGCCCUUGAAGGAAAAAAAUAAAUAAAAGAUUUAAUUGAAAAAGCAAAUAAUAGAAUUAUUAUUAUGCCUGGUAAAGGAAUAAAUAAAGAUAAUUAUUAAGAAAUAGUUGAAUAUACAGGUGCUAGGGAAGUACAUGGAACAUAAAUAGUAUGA